AUGCAGCUCCUGGUGCCCUCCCUCCUGCUGGCGACGCUUGCGGCCGCCCAAAACGGGCAGUCCGUCUACAAGAAGCGGCUGACGGGCGAAGAUCUCGACACCGGACACCGCUGGGGCGUCGCCGGCACAGAUCUCGGCAUCCCCUACGUGCUGGAGAACGGCGCGAUAGGGUACCUGUUCGGCGACACGUUCAGCACGCAGUGGCCCGACGACCAGCACGACUGGCGGUCGCCAGUAUUGCUGCGCUCGGCCGCGCACCCCAGCGACGAGCAGGGGAUUGUUUUUGACAGCGCGGCGGGCGUAGCGCACGACGGACUAGCGCCGGAGAUCACGCACAACGGGCACCGCGGCGACGACGGCACGGGCACGGGCACAGACGAGGUGUCCGUGAUCCCCAACGACGGGAUCAGCUUCCCCGAGACGAAGGAGCAGAUCGUCUCGUUCAUGAGCAUCAAGUCGUGGGACCCGUGGUCGACCAACUAUGCAGGGCUGGCGCAUUCCAAGGACGGGAACAAGUUCACGCGCCUGGACGUCAAGUGGCCCAACCCCGACGACAACUCGGACCCCUUCCAGAUGUGGACGAUGCAGCGCGACGGCAACUGGGUCUACGUGUUCUCCGUGCGCGCUGGCCGCCAGGCCGGGCCCAUGAUGCUGCAGCGCGUGCCGUGGGACAAGAUGGCCGACAAGGCUGCCUACCAGGGCUGGGGGUGGAAUGGCAAGGACUGGGGCUGGGGCCGGCCCUGCUCGCCUAUUCUUGAGGGCAAGUUUGGGGAGCCCUCGGUGCGCAAGCUGAGUGAUGGUACUUGGGCCAUGGUGUAUCUGGAUCUGGCAGGCCCGCACAUCGUGUCGCGCACGGCCAAGGGUCCUGACCAGCCUUGGUCCAAGGAGACUGUUCAGGUCACUUGGCAGCAGGAGCCCAACCUCUAUGGUGGCUUUAUUCACCCUUGGUCGACCUCCAAGAAGAAUGACUUGCAUCUGAUGGUGUCCAAGUGGGCGCACGGGGACAAUGGCCGCACCACUGCGUACCACAUGAGCCAAUACGUUGGCACUCUGUGA